CACUGUAAGACUGUUAUUACAAUGUAUGUUGUAGUAGUACUUGUAACUGAUGCACUCCAAGGAGCAGGGCCCUCCUAACCAGGGGCGGACUGACAACUCAUGGGGCCCCUGGGCAAUAGGGGAUCAUGGGGCCCCUGUGUCCUUGCCCAAACUUCCAAAAGCCUAUGAAAAAGGUAUCAGGGGCAUCUCAUGGGGCCCCCUACUGACCCAGGCCCUCGGGCAGUGCCGAGUUUCCAAUUGGUCAGUCCGCUCCUGCUCCUAACU